GUUAGUUGUUUCGCUGUUAACCUAGAGGUAUUAAUGAUCUGCAUGCAAUGCUCCUUGGCUCUCACCCAGGCCUAUCCCCACCUGUUAUAACCAUCGUUCUCCCCAAGUACAUACACCAUCAGGGUGCCAAGCUGCCAGCCCUUACCCAGCCCGAGGAGAGCCGUCACCCCCACCACCACCAUGGCCCUCAGGUUUGCAUUUGGCCUAGUCUUGUCGCUGUUUGCCAGCCAAGCUAUAGCCUGGACGUACACGGAAUACCUCAGCCCAGUAGGGACGCAGGGCUUCAGCACAGUCACCCCGACCGGGUCCGUCUCAGCCAGCUCCAGCGAAACCGCGAGCACGCAGUACACGGCCCUCCUGGCUCAAGAGUCCAUUACCCUAGAUGUGACGGUGACCAAGGUCUACCUAGCCUCUGGCAGCGCCCCGAUCUGCGGUCCGGACGACAAGCCCUGCUCGACGACCAGCACCAGCACCAGCACCAGCACCGGCAGCGGGGGCAUCGACACAACCGUCUACGCCCCCAUCGUCAUCACCAACCUCCCUUCGUGCACCCUGACGAGCUACAGCUACACCACAUCGAUCAGCGGCCACCUCGGCCCACGGUUUGGGUUACUCGAAACUCUCGACUCUAUGCCCGGCGUCCUGUCCCAGGCGACCAACACAGGGCCCGAGGGUCCAGCCCUGGCCGUGUCGACGUACGUCGUCACCCUCAGCACCAACCUGGGCGGCCAGGCCGUCACGACCACGCGGUGCGACAUCUUCCUUAAGCCGGGCCAGGUCAGCGGCUUGCGAAUUAACUCGCAAGACGAGCAGUUCAUGGAAGAGUGUGUGGACCCGCGCCUGUACCGGUGUCUCGAUUUGUAUACUAUGCGUGCCACUCCGACCUGCGGGACGGAAUGGAUCGGGACGUACGGCCAGGGGCGUCAGACGGCGGCCGCGACUAGUGCGUCCUCCGGCGGUGGGAACGCCGGGCCAAAACCAAAUGGAGCUUGGGGGCGGCAGGAUAUGGCGCGUCGCUGGGUGUUGGUGGGAGCCGGCGUGGCAGCCUUGUGUUUCAUGCUGUAGACAACGCUAUAUUCUUCUAGAAUAUAGAUUUUGAUUCAAGGUUCUUAGAAGAUAAGAAACCUGAGCCAUUCGGCCCAGUACAAGGGUCGUAGGGACAGAGGCUACCCCUCCGGGCACUCAUACCCUCACCUGGGAGAGAAUGUCCCGCGAACUUACCCCCCAUCCCGUCACUGUAUCAUCCCCAGUUCCCAUCAGCUCACUGAGUUUGCCAAACUCAUCAAUGAA